AUGUCUUUGGAACUUUCAAAAUUAGUACUUGCUGCAGUACUUUCAAACAACUGUGCAGCAGUCUUUGCAAAGAGACAACAAUCAAAAUCAUCGCAUGCAACACAGAUUAACAAUCGACCAAUCAUUGGUAUUUUGACACAACCAACCAAUGGUGAUAUGGCCAAUUAUGGAGAUCAAUAUCUUGCAGCUAGUUAUGUAAAGUAUGUAGAGAGUGGAGGUGCACGUGUUGUCCCCAUCCUCUAUGAUAGUCCGGCCGACGAGAUCAAGAGUCUCUUUCAAUCGAUUAACGGUGUCUUUUUACCAGGUGGUGGUGUCGAUCUAGACCAAUCACCACAGUACACAGACACACUCAGAUUGUUGUACCAACUCGUCAUCCAAGCCAACGACAAUCAAGACUACUUCCCACUUUGGGGUACAUGUAUGGGUUUCCAAGAGAUCAAUAUGAUGCAAGCCAACAACCUCGACAUUCUCUCACCAUACGACUCUGAAAACUACACUGUUCCACUCAACUUUACGUCGGCUGCUUCUAGCAGUCGUCUCUUUAGUCUUGCUACACCAUCGAUCAUGCAAAACCUCGCAUCUCUCCCAAUCACCAUGAACAACCAUAUGUGGGGUGUUGCUCCAUCGACCUUUGCCUCUACCGCUCUCCUCUCGUCAUUCUUUAACGUUCUCUCGGUCAACAAUGAUCGUCAAGGUCGUGUAUUCAUCUCGACUAUCGAAGCCAAGGAAUACCCCAUCUAUGCCACCCAAUGGCAUCCAGAAAAGCCACUCUUUGAAUGGUGGGAUCAAGAGGUCAUCGAUCACUCUCUCCAAAGUAUCCAAGCCAACCAAUACACCUCUACCUGGUUUGUCAACGAGUGUCGUAAGAGUCUCCACUCUUUCCCAGAUCAAACAGCUGAAUCUGCUGCUCUCAUCUACAACUAUGCUCCCAUGUUUACAUUUGACAUUGAACCUGAUUUUGAACAAGUUUAUUAUUUCAAUAAUCAAACUGAAUUAUAUUAUUAUUAA